CCCGUUCCGGCGCCGCCCCCUACCUCCGGCCCCCGUCCGACCGCCGCGCCACCACCCACCCCGCCCACUCUCUGCUAGCUCACCGACCGGCCGCCUUGCGCUGCAGUCUUCAGACCGGACCAUAGGAGGAGAUCGUCGCCCCCGACCCAUCCUGCCUCUGCCCGGUCGGUUGAAGGCCUUCUUCAAGCCCGCCGUCCGACCACCCUCUGCCCCGUUCAAGCACAAUCAGAGAAUGGCUUGGGGUCAGCUUGCUAGAAGACCCGCUAUAGGGCUUCUGUCUCGUGCUCAGCAACUAGCUGCUCAAGGGUUUACUUCUGCGAUGUUCCACAUUAAUCCGUUGAGCGAUCAUCUUCCACAAGAUGGCAUGUUUCAUAGGAGCUUUAGCUCUGCGGUGCCUCCUUCGGAGCAAAUGAACCUUAUUAAGCAACUCCGAGAAAGAACGUGUGCUCCGAUCAAAGAUGUCAAGGCUUCGCUAGUUAGUUGCGACUGGGAUAUUGAGGCUGCACAGGUGGAUCUAAGGAAAAGAGGGGUGAUUCUUGCUGCCAAAAAGUCAUCACGGACUGCUGCCGAUGAUUUGCUUGCUAUGGCAGGAGAUGAUAAAAGAGCUGUUGUGGUUGAGCUAAACUGUGAGACCGACUUUGUGGCAAGAAAUGACGUUUUCCAGUAUCUGGCUUCAUCCUUGGCAAAGAUGGCUCUGUCAGCUCAGGAUCCCGGGAAAUCAGUUUUUCCUUUUAGUCCUGCAUAUUUGGAGAGCAUGAGUAUUAACCUAGAUCAUCCUAAACUCAGUGGUGAAACAACUGUUCGGAAUGCUGUUACGGAAGUUGCUGCCAUGGUUGGGGAGAACGUAAAACUUAGAAGAGGUUUCAUGUUGUCCACGACUGCACAUGGUGUUGUUUCAUCUUAUCUGCAUACCUGUCCUCAGCCAGAUCUGGGUCGCGUUGCUGGACUGGUCACUCUAGAAGCAGAAGAUAGCAGUGCUCCCCUUGACGCUCUCAAGAGAGUUGGGUCGUCUAUCGCAAUGCAUAUUGUUGCAGCAAGGCCAUUAUUCUUAUCAAAGGAACUGGUUUCUGCUGCAGCUGUGGAAAAUGAACGUGAUGUGCUCCGAACUCAGGCUGAAAGAUCAGGUAAACCCCAAAUGGCCAUAGAGAAAAUGGUGGAAGGCCGAUUGAGGAAGUGUCUCGAAGAAGCUAUGCUUUUGGAGCAAAAAUACGUCGUUAAUGACAGCACAAACAUUAAGACCCUGCUGAGCGAUUUGUCAAAGGAGGUCGGUUGUAAAGUAACGAUUGGCAACUUUGAAAGAAUGGAAGUUGGCGAAGGAAUUGAGAGGGUCUGAUGUGCGUGUGUAUAUUUACGACUUGUUUCUUACAUAUCCUCCCUCGCUGCCGCUAGGGGGCGUCGCACGGCGUCGGCGGUGGCGGGGCCUCUUUUACACUCGUUGGGGGCAACAGCGGC